UGGCCGGUGGGUACGUACUCUAAGGUGGGUAAGGCGCAGGCGCAGGUGACGCCCGGGCCUUUGUCGUCGGAUAUGAUACAAUGUACGUGCCAACAGGGUGAAGCCGAACUAGAUACUAUCCCAUCAACACAGAAUAACCACCACCACCAUGUCUGCGCCGACGGGCAACGCGGGCUGGACGCAGCUUCGGCAGCAAGCGCGGAACCUAGAGACCCAGACACAAAGCCACUUCCAUACGUAUUCGCAGUUCGCCAGCACGGCCGACAUCCCGAAGAAGCCAUCGCCAGAGGAGAUUGAGACCGAGAAUAAGAUUGAGGAAUUGCUAGAAAAGCGCGACGGCAUCAUCACCCAGCUCGCUCGCCUUCUGGACUCGGAAGCCGCCCUCACCUCCUCUGCCGUCAAGCAGAACAACCUCUCCCUUCUCAGAGAGAACCUCGCCAACCACCGCCGCGAUCUUACGCGCUUGCGCUCCAACCUAAAGGAGGCGCGCGACCGAUCGAAUUUACUCGGCAGCGUACGCGAUGAUAUCAAGGAGUACCGUGCCAACAACCCCGAGGCGGCCGAGGCGGAGUACAUGGCGGACGAGGGGCGCCACAUUGACCGCAGCCACGAGAUGACGGACAACAUUAUCAGCCAGGCGUAUGCUAUCCAGGAUAGCUUCCUGUCGCAGGGCGAGACCAUGGCCAGCAUCAAUAGGAGGAUCAACAUGGCUGCCAGCAAGAUUCCCGGCAUCAACACCCUCAUGACCAGAAUCUCGGCCAAAAAACGGAGAGACGGCAUCAUCAUGGGCACGUUUAUCGCUUUCUGUUUCAUCUUGUUCUUCUUCCUCUCGUGACGGGGGGAAAUGCGUAACAGGGUCUCUAUUAUCUUGCAUGGGCGAAGGCGUUCAGGGACGGGGGUUAUCAGCGUAUUUCAAUUGUACAAUAAUAAUA